AUGAAAAUAGCCCACCGACGCUCGUCGACUCUCCGCAACGGGAUGCACGCCCGACGUGGCUUCACCACCGGGCACAUCGCUUGCGUCCUCCGAGUCCUGUGCUCGGCAGUGCCUGCCACGGACGACCGUCUCCUGCAUCCGCCUCUGAGCGCCCUCUCACCGUGUGUCGUGCCCUCGCCUCGUCCCGCCACCGCCGCCGUCUGCCCGGCGCAGAUCUCUCGUGAGCCUCGAGCCCUCGUCCCGCCGAAAUCAAACCGUCUUGGCGGUGAGGAUGGGGGCGAGCGGAGGCUGUACAUGGCGCUCGUCGUGGGCUCGCACCCUUUCCACCCCGUCCCGCAUCGUCCCGGUUCAUCGCCAUAUAAGACGUUGCCGGGACGCCGAGACCGUCUGGACGACGAGCGAGCCCUCGCAAGGCCAACGGUACAAUACCGCACAUCCUGCUCCGACUCGCACACGUCAGUGCUGCACCGGCAAUGUCGUCCAGCGGUAGUGUUUGCUCUCGGAGCAGCAGCAGCUCGAGCCGACCUCGCGUACGCCGCACCCGCACCCGCACCCGCACCCGCCGAGGAUGGGCCUGGCCUCUCGCCCGCGAUGCUGACCUGGCCAACAGGAUUCCACCCUGCGGCUUGUCGAGAGCCUCACGACGCAUCGGGUCAACACCCUCACCGAGCUCUGCCGCAUCGAGCGCAUGGCCUCGUCGUGCGCGGACGAGACCGACGCGCGCGCCUUCCAGCGGCCCAUGACGGCGGCUUGGAUCCGGUACGUGACGAGCCAUCAGAUGCUCACCGAACUGCGCGGCCUGACCUCGCGCUUCCCCUUUUGCGGCGACAUUGUCCGCGAGGCGUAUGGCCGCGUGCGCCGGGACCCUACCAGCAACCGCAGCUGGAACCUCGCCUGGCUCGUUCUCCGGAGGAUCGAGGAAGACGGGCUCAUCGGCGUCUACGCCGCCCGCGAGGCGGACCGUCCCGCGAUGUGGGCGGGCACCAUGCCGACAGGCGACGACGUGCGGAGGCUCGCGGCCUGCUUCGAGGAGGAGUGGAGUGCCGCCGUGGACACGAUGCUGCGGCACUGGCAGCACCCGCCGACGUGGUAUUGAUGCUCGUGGCGUGGCGACGAACAGUCUCGAAAGGGGCCCGGGAAACGUUGGAGGUUCGCCGGCCGCGGCGUUUGGCUGUCAUUUCGUCCCUUGUCCGCCGACGAUGCGCUCAUCAUCAUGGACGGGAGGGACUAGGCGCAAAGGUGCAGCAACGGUACUUGGCACUUUUCGCUCGCCAUUGUCCCAUUCGCUCUAUUGAUUCAUUGAUUUGCACACGAUCCGCGCCGUGCCAUCUAUGCAGCGUCAUCGCCGCGCCAUCCGUAUUCGUCGUCCUCGUCCCAGUCGUCACUCUCCAGACCUGGGCUGCGGAUGAAGAGGGCACCGACGCAGCCGAGGAGGGCCAGGCCGCCAAAGAGGCUCCACGCGAGGGCUUCGCCUUUGGGACGCACGUGGGCCGAAAGGGCAAAGAGGCCACCCGACACGACGGGCCCGAUGCUGCGACCGAGGGCGGAGAGGGUCUGGGCGACGCCGUUGAGGGUGCCGAGACUCGCGUGCGAGGCCGCCGAGUUGGUGAUCUGCGGUCCGUCAGCAACCAAAGCGCACGGAGGGGCGACGAGCAUGGCGGGGCAUGGCAUCGCGUAGCGUCGCCGACGGCAACGGUCACGUACCAGGAGCAUGACGCUGGAGAGACCGCCGACGGCGCAAAUGUUCUUCAUCAUCAGCACGAGGCCCAGCUCGGCGUACAGCCAGAGGCGGCCGCUGGCAACGCCAAAGAGCGGCUCGUCGUCGAGGUGGCCCACCCAGGGCAUGAGAACGGCGCUCACGGCGAUGCCGAGCAGGGCGAGACGGUAGGUGCCGAGGCUGCCGACCCUCGACUUGAGGGGUUCGUAGAGGAAGGAUUGGAAGACGAUGGUGGCGACGCCGGCGAGGCCGAGGCUCAGCCCGAUCUUGUCGGGGUCGAGCUCGCGGCCGACCGGGGCGGGCGAGGCGGCAAAUAUCGGAUACAGGCUGUUGAAGGAAACGUUGGAGAGCUGGAACACGAGGUAGGUGGCCAGGAGCAGGAGGCUCCUGCGGUUGACGAGGCCGCGCCAGGCCGGGGGCUCGUCGAGAGACUGCUUGGACGGCCUUCCGAAUUCGGCGCCGGCAUCCUCGCUGUCCGAUGCGCAGGACGAAGAAGAGUGGUAGAGAAGCGGUUGCUGCUGGCUGCGUGGCCAUGGCGCCGCCCACGCGCCGCCCUUGCGACCUGCACGGGACGGCGAACGGAACGGGUGCAAGAGCCGGCCGAGCCACCGCGGCCUCCACGGCUCGGGACCGGAGGCGUCACCGAGAGUCUCCUCGAAGCCGAGGGCGACGACGACGACGCUCAAGGCGAGCAGGGCGGCGCAGAGGAGGUUGGGUCCGAGGUACGGGUAUCGGCCGCCAGCGCUGCCGACGAGGAGGCCGCCGAGGGCGGGGCCGGCGAUGCCGCCGAGGGAGUAUAUGACGGGCAGGUAGGUGAAGGCCCUGCCCUGGUUGGAGCGAUCCGUCACCUCGCCGAGGACGGUGGGCACGCAGGCGGCGUUGCCGUUGAGGAGGCCCAUGGCCACGUGAAGGACGACGAUCUGCCAGUAGCGGGUGCAGAGACCGAAGAGGCAGAAGCAGGCCGCGAGCGACGUCGUGCCGGCGACGAGGACGGGCUUGCGGCCGACGAGGUCCGAGGCGUACCCCCAGAGGAAGUUUGUGGACAGCUGGGCGAGGGCGAAGGCGGAGGCGACGACGCCGACGUAGAAGCCACCCCGGUCGGCGGGGAUGCCGGGCAUCGACGUGACCAUCUGAGGCAAGUAGGGCGAGAUGGAAUUGAGGGCCGUCUGCUCCGAGAGGGAGAGGAAGGCGAGCAGCAGGAGCUGGCGGACGGGGAGGGGGGUUGGCGGUGGGCGGUGCGAGCACGACUCGUCGUCGUCGUCGGCCGAAGAGGACGAGGACAGGUCGGCGGCGGGCGACGAGGACGAGGACACGAGGCCGGACCGGGUCUCGAGGCUCGAGUCGAGAGGCGUCUUGGGGGGCCGUGUGGGAAAGGUCUGAUAGCAGUGCGACGAAGGCUCGAGCUCGGCCAUGGUCGGCAGGGGAGCUCCCGCAUCGACGGAAGAGGACGACGGCGAGCGGGAGGAGGCGGGACCAGAGGCCGGCCGAGCCAUUCUCACGCCCGGAUCGAAGGCUCGCCCUAG